UUCUAAUUUCUUUCAGUUUGCAAUAUGGCCGUGAUGAUGUCGUUCGUGUCGGUAGCCGUAUCUAUAUUGUACACGCCGUUUUUACUGUUAAUAUUGUGUAUUAUUUUCUUAGCAUCAAUUGGAAAAUCUUUGGGCGUAAGAAGACUCUAUGUGAACAUUUUACUGAAGCUUUUCGAGUAUGGACGUCAACACAUUGAAGUGGCCAAGAAGCUGCAGAGGAACGACAGUUCUGACGAAGAUGAAGAACCACCGACACCUGAUAAGCCGCCCUCAGCAAUCAUCAAAGAGAAUGGGAUUAAUGGUUGUACAAAGAUGAGUGUGAUAGAACGACAGGAGAUACUUGGUCCGUCGCCGGAACUCAACUACAAGAGAAGUCAGAGCCAGGAACGGCUGCAAAAUGGACAUACAAACGAUCUUAAUAAACCUGAGAAUAGCUUAGAAGUACAUCUCUCUCACUGUCUGGAUUUAGUGAAAGCUGGUAUGGAGUCAAUUAUUGAAGACCAGGUCACGUCGGUCUUUGAAGCUGAAGAAUUGAGGAGUUGGAACUUGCUAACUAGGACAAAUAGGCAAUACGAGUUUCUAACGUGGCGCCUGACAAUUAUAUGGGUGAUGGGGUUCGUCGUUCGAUACUUCUUUCUACUUCCACUUAGGAUUCUCGUAUUCUUCAUUGGUGUUUGGUGGCUGAUCAUCAGUACGGCGUUAAUAGGCACACUGCCGGACGGGGCGUUCAAACAACGCGUCAACAACACGAUGUCACUCAUGUGCUUCAACUUUCUGUCGCGGUGUAUCAGUGCGGUCAUAACCUACCAUAACGGGGAUAAAUAUAAGCCGAGAAGCGGGAUUUGCGUUGCGAAUCACACCAGUCCAAUUGAUGUGCUGGUCCUGAUGUGUGACAGUUCCUAUUCAUUGAUUGGACAGAGUCACGGUGGUUUCCUUGGUCUAUUGCAACGUGCGCUCGCUAGGGCUUCGCCCCACAUCUGGUUUGAACGCUCCGAGGUUAAGGAUCGCCACGCUGUCGCCACACGAUUAAAAGAGCACAUCUCGGUGCCGGACAAUCCGCCGAUACUUAUAUUUCCCGAGGGAACAUGCAUCAAUAAUACGUCAGUUAUGCAGUUCAAGAAAGGCAGCUUUGAGGUCGGAGGCACCAUUUAUCCAGUAGCCAUCAAAUAUGAUCCACGUUUCGGUGACGCAUUCUGGAAUAGUUCGAGAUAUGGUAUGCUGCAUUAUCUCCUGAAUAUGAUGAGUUCCUGGGCCAUUGUUUGCGAUGUAUGGUAUUUGCCGGCCAUGACGAGGAGGGAUGAUGAAAGCGCUGUGGAUUUCGCUAACCGUGUCAAAGCGGCCAUUGCGAGGCGUGGCGGAUUGGUCGAUCUUCAGUGGGACGGUCAGCUGAAGCGAAUGAAGGCAAAAAAAGAGUGGAGAGAACUACAGCAAGAGGAGUUUAGUAAGAGAUUAAAAGGGGAGUAGGAGGUGAUAUAUAUUUAGUGGAAAUUAAGUUUUCCCACUUGUGGGACGAAAAGACUGUCCUUGUGGGACGUGAAGUGGUAUCUUAUAAUGAAAAUUUGUUUUUUUAUUAUAUAAGGUAACAAAUAUACGAACACUGAUGUGCUACGCCCUGUCAGUUUAAUAAUAUUACGUCAAAUUAUUUUUUUUGUUUUUCGAAAUUUCUCGAUUGUUUGUCUACGAUUAAGUCCGAUAUAGUUGUAGCACGAAUGUUGCCACUUCACGUUGCACAACAUUUUUGGGGUGCGUUUAGAGAAUAUUAUUGGCCUGUGGCCUUUGUAAUGUCUAUACUCAUGGGUCGUAUAGUAGUGUUCAUAUAAAGUCGUUACGAUGUAAUUUGUCGGUACGACAUUAUCUGUCCGAUUUUUAUAGCAAGAGCAAAGGUAUUCCUCACUAUACAGUGUCAUACCUUGCCCGGAGUUAAAAUAUUCAGCCAAAAUGUUUUGUUGGGUUUUAUGGACGCCGAGGACACGAAUUUCCACUUGUAUCACCUCGACGUCCGUUGGUAGUCUUUACCGCGUACCACCAUGUGGAUCCAGAAGCUCACUGAAAUUAGACUUCAAGAAAAUACUACUAAAAAAAGUCGGCAACGCACUUGCGAGCUUUCUGGCAAUGUGAGUGUUGACGGCCUUUUGCCCUCUGUUCAAUAAAAGAUCUAUACGAUUUGUAUCAAACAGUUGUGAGUCUAAAUAUAUGCGCAAGAGACGUAAAAGCGUUACACAGUUUGAUAUGAUGUAGACUUUGAAUUUUACUCUAGAUUCAUGAGAAUUAUAUUAAUUUACGUAUUGCUAAUAACGGUAUAUAUUUAAUUUAAAAAUCGUUCCUAAAAUUUAAAAUUUUUAGUUAAAAAAUAUAUUAAAAAGCGGCAAAAAUUCAUUUAAGUAAGAGUCUGUUUCAUAUAAGUUCCAAAUAAGCUUUUUAUUACUUAUUGGUAGGAUCAACACUGUUGUUGCGUUGCAACUGUCACAGCGCAUACAUGAAAGUCCAUUAUAAGUUGAGUUCGAUGAAUCGCCAAGUUUUACUUUAAACUUUCAUCUUCCAAAUAGUUUGUGUUGCAUAUCUAUUUGGUACUUUGGUGAAACAGAGCCUAAGUCUGAAAUAUCGAAUUUGUUUAAUUUAAUCAACGAUUUAAAGAAGAAAAGGUUUUCAACUUUAAAGUUUGAAGUUAAGUUAUCAUCAAAAGCACGAUAUUAGACAAAUUGCAUUCAUUAAUAACGGAUGUUAUCUUAAUUUCGUACCUAAAACUUGAAUUAAUAAAUUAUAAAACACUUAAUAAAUAUCUUAUAAUAAUCAAAAGAAAUUCGAUUGAAAACGAGGACGCUUUCGAAGUGAUUCUAAAAAUGUAAAGGGCG